CGAUUCCUUUAAAAUGGGUGUGCGUCUGAGAAUGACUCAAAACCAUCUUGGUGAAAAAUAAUAAUAAUAAAAUUUGUAAAAACAAGCAAUGAGAGAAAGGAGGUAUUUCUGGUCUUCUCCCCUCAUGAAGUUAUGGAGUUUUAGAGUAUAAAGUUAAAAGGAGUGUUCUUGAUGGCGGGAAACACAGAUGUGAAAACAACCUCAGCGGACAUCCUGGGUUAGAGAGGUGGAAGGCUAAUCCUCAAAUGGCUGAAAUAAAGUCAUAAACAUAAACGGGUGUCUGGCAUUCGUUUUCUGGGUAUAAAAGCGUAUCUUACACUCUCUCACACACACACACACACACACACACACACACACACACGCACACACACACACACAAACACGCACGCACACACACACGCAGAUAAGACCCCCAAUUGUAAGAAUGAUCUAGUAAUGGCAGGAAACUUAGUUGUGAAAACAACCUCAGCCAACAUCUGGUGUUGUAGAGAUGCACUCUCAAAUGGUUGAAACACCAUAAACUAAUAAAUUGUCUUCAGCAAUCGUUUUCUGGGUAUAAGACUGCAACUUAGAGCUGGUUUAGUCAGACUUCAGAGUCACUGAACACACAAGCGUUGACGAUGCCUCUCGAAAAUAACAUUUCAUCCGAGGUUCAGCCUCCUACUUCUCCUUCUGACCAACAAUUCCUAUUUCCCGUGACUCCUGAAGAGUUUGAGGGCAUAGAUCUCACACAAACAGAUCACGAUCUUCUAGACGGAGCGACGGUGCUGCAGAGUGUUAGAACGCCUGUAUCUAACUAUCUAUUAGAUGGUGAUGCAGGAAGCACUCUGAGCACUCCUCCAACAACGACUCAUCCCCGUGCAAACCGUCUGCGAUUAGGACGACGCAACCACCCAGGAAACGCAGGAAAUUCUGCCGCCACUACAAGUGGAGCAUCGGGUAAGUCGUAAAAACUUUCUAAAAGAAAAUAUAUAUAUUCCGACGAUGGAAAGGGUGACGUUUGGAUUUCAAUGAUGUUUUAUACAGAGCCCAGGCCUUCAGUUUCUCCUCCCGGGAGUCCUGUGUCAGAGCUUCCUAUAACAAAAAAACCCUACGUCCGUCAACAAGUUGUGGAACAAAAGAGCUGUGGGACCGAAACCCUGGAGUCAGCAGUACAGCCUGACGGUGGGGACACAACGCGGGAAGACCGGCCCUGUGAGACUGGAUCCGCAGAGCCUGAAGCACGAUCCUUGGAGCCAGAAGUGCAGUCUGCGAGGGAGGGAGUCGCCUCACACCCACUGACUGCGAACGAACGUGAGAGACUUGAAAGCUUUUACCUGCUUUAUGAGAUUGCUGAUUUUAUUAAGAAACCGGACGAUCGUGAGACACUGCAAAGGUUGGAUGCGCUUUGUGAAAUUGCUGAAUUCAGGAGAAAAAAGUCCUAAACGUGUGGUGUGACAUUUAAAAUAAACUAAAAAAAUGGAUGAAGAAAACUUUUCUUUUGGUCUGUCUGAUUUAGAGUUUAUGGUUGAGCAAUUGAAUCAAAUCUCCCCACCUCCUCCUGUAGAUGUAGCCGUUGCUAAUGUGGGUGAACCGUCAUCAUCGACUGCUAAUAACUAUUUCCAACCAUUAGAAGACGCUCUGCUGCUUCUAAAUCAAAACCCAUCUUCCUCCGAUGUUGAAAAUUAUUUCUAUCCUUUAGAACUGGCAAUGCAUCAGAUUGACCAGACCCCUGCCUCCUCCUCCCCCUCCUCCUUAUCCCCUUCUCCCUCCCCCUCCUCCUGCUCACAUGCAAAUGAGAGCCAAGUCCCCCCUCCUUCUCCUCCUCCUACCCCACCCACUCCUCCAAUUCAAUCGGCUUCAUUUCCAACUCCAAAUUUAGAGGAAGUCCAUGUCCAGCAUGGUGGUCAGUCUGAUUCACCCCCCAGACCGUCCACCUCCUCCUCCUCCAACAUCGAGACCGUGUCCCGCGACCGGUUCAACAAUCUGGAGUUGAGACGAGUGUUCACCGUUCCCCCUGCCAGAAACAUACCGGAUCUUGCACAGUUUUAUGACGAUGUGAUGUUAAUUCUUAGAGAAAUGGCCGGCACUGUCAGAGCACAGGUUGGGCGUAAUGAUGUAAUACAGCUAGAGCUUAUUGGUGAGAAUGUUCAGAAUCAUGUCUCUGUGGUUGUUGAGGAUGAACAUGGUGAUGCUAUCUUACCUGCUUUUGAGGGCUUGCUGGAGCGCUUGGUUCAAUCUAACGCCGAGAUAGCAUCAGAUGCUAGGUUAGAAUUAGUGGUUCAGGUUGUGCAUGAUCCUAGAGGCGGUGUUAAACGCAAACUGGAUAAAACUUUAGACUGUGAAAUAAUACGAAUUAAAAGACAACAUCUGUACAUUGUAGACAACAGGAAUGAUCACCUCUGCUUUGCCAUCAACUUGGCCCAUGUAAACGACCCUCUAAUCACUGAUAAUCAGGCCUUAGAACAAGGGAGAGAGUUUCAGAGACUCGUCGGUCUGAGCUAUCAGACCCCCGUCACCUUUACUGACGUGUGCAAAUUUGAAAAAAUUCUGAACCGCAAAAUUGUUAUUUUUUACAGAAGUCCGGAUCAGCAGCCGCUCUCUCAAUUUGAGACGGCUUUCUCCGAUAGAUCAAAUCCUCUGUUUCUCUUUUUGUUCCAGAACCAUUAUUACGGUAUAAAAAAUCUGAAAGCCUUUCUCGGGGUUCCGUACGUCUGUCAUUACUGCUACAAAAGCUACAUGAAGCCCUACGCCCACCAAUGCAAAGGUCACUGCUCUGUGUGUAACAACCCUGAUUGUACUAAGCAGGAGCUCAAACCCGUAGCAUGCAGCGACUGCAACAGGACGUGUCGUACGCCUCUGUGUUUUGACAGGCACAAGGAGCCUAGAGAAAGACCUUUGGGUGAAACACAUAGCAGUAUAUGCAACACAAUCAAAAGAUGUCAGAGUUGCAAAAAAAUUACCACAUCUCAUAAUCACAAAUGCCAGCGGCCUAAAUGCAACAUUUGCGGAGAGAAAUUAGAUUCCGACGCCGGUGAUCACCUCUGCUUCAUUCAGCCUUUGCCUCCGACUAAAGAUCAUGCAGAUAAAUUGAUUUUUUAUGACUGUGAAACAUUUGUUGUUCAACAGAAUGUGCACAAACCUUUUCUUGUCUGCACCAAAACACUGAGUGGCGUGCGGUGGAUGUCUUAUGGUUUGAACUGUGUCAGGGACUUUCUCCUGCAUUUCAGGAGGCCCGCGUACCUAAACAGUGUUUUUGUAGCUCACAAUGCUAAAGGUUUUGACAGCUAUCUGAUCCUCAACACCAUGAUAGAGAUGGGAAUGCAACCUUCUCUCAUCAUGCAGGGCAGUAAAAUUCUCUGUUUCCAAGACCCUGAUUUUAAUCUAAAAUUCAUCGACUCUCUGUCAUUCCUCACCAUGCGUCUCAGCGCCAUGCCCAAGGCGUUGGGUUUCUCUGAUCAGACCAAGGGUCAUUUCCCUCACGGUUUCAGUUCAGAGAAGAAUUUGCAGUAUAUCGGAGCUUAUCCUCCGCCGCAUGAUUAUGGCGUGGAACGUAUGACUCCUGCUCAGCAGCAAGAGUUUUACGGCUGGUACAGAGAGGUGAGUCAGGGUACGUUUGACUUUGAGAAGGAAGCUCGGCUGUACUGUGAAAAUGAUGUUGACAUUCUUGCCAAGGGCUGCGUCCUGUUCAGAAAUCAGUUCCUCACUGACACGGGCGUAGACCCUUUUAGCUGCAUCACCAUCGCUUCUGCAUGCAUGAAGGUGUUUCUCACAAAAUUCCUCCCACCCAAAACCCUGGCCAUACCUUCGCCGGAUAACUACAGGUGCCAGACCAAAAGCUACUCCCACGCCUCCAUUCAGUGGUUGGAGUGGGUAGCACGCAGCAAUAAUGUUUUUAUCCAGCAUGCGUUAAACAAGGGGGAGAAACAGGUAGGACCGUACUUUGUUGACGGUUUUGCCGAAAUAGACGGUGUUGCUUAUGCUUGGGAGUUUCUGGGGUGCUUUUACCACGGUUGCCCGUCUUGUUUUAACCCCCACGACACUUGCCCUCUGAGGCGAGUCCCCUUUGAGGAGCUGCAUGCGGCUAGUGAGGAGAAAAUGCAGGCUUUGAAAUCUGUUUACGGUGUUCAGACGGUUGUCAUGUGGGAGCAUGAAUGGUCGGCUUUGAAAAAUGUGCAUGCGGGUGUAAAAGCUUUUCUCAGGAGUUUCCUCCCUCCCGAACCUCUGUGCCCUCGCGACGCUCUCUUUGGUGGUAGAACGAGCGCUGUGAGGCUGAGGUACACGGCUGGGCCUAACGAGACCGUGCACUAUGUAGAUGUCACUUCUCUGUAUCCGUAUGUCAACUGUAAUUUUUCCUAUCCGCUAGGUCACCCCACCAUCAUCCACAAAGAUUUUGAUCACCCUCAAAACUACUUUGGGUUCAUCAAAGCCACCAUCCACCCUCCUAGAGGGCUCUUGUUCCCCGUGUUACCUUACAAAACAUCUAGAGGUAAAUUGGUGUUCACCCUCUGUCGUAGCUGCGCUGAAAUCAACAAUCAGAGGGGUCCGUGUAGACACGACGAGCGGGCCAGAGCAUUGACGGGAGUGUGGGUCAGCGUUGAAGUGAACAAGGCUCUUGAGGUUGGUUAUAGGGUAGGUAAGAUCAUUGAAGUGUGGCACUUUGACAGGUGUAGCGACUCCAUUUUUGUGGGCUACAUGCACACCUUCCUGAAAGGUAAGCAGGAAGCUUCAGGCUACCCACCUGAGGCCGCUGAUCAGGAAAGCAGAGAAAAGUACAUCAGGGACUAUGAGCUGCAUCAAGGCGUGCGGCUAGACGCUGACAAGAUUGAGGUGAACCCUGCAAAGAGACAGGUGGCUAAACUAUGUCUCAACAGUUUCUGGGGAAAGUUUGCGCAGAGAAGCAAUCUGCCUCAGACCGCCCUGGUCAGCGACCCUGAAGACUUUCUCCGCUUCAUGUUUUCCGGUCAGUACAAUGUGAAAUACUUUAAUUUUCUGAACGACAAGACCGCUAUGAUUCAGUGGAAUUACCACAAGCGGUGCGUCGUGCCUCCAGGUAGAGCUAAUAAUGUGUUCAUCGCUGCAUUCACUACUGCUUAUGCCCGUCUCAAGCUGUACAGUUAUCUAGAGCAGGUGCAGGAAAAUGUUCUCUACAUGGAUACUGACAGUCUGAUAUAUGUGGUGAAAGAAGGGGGGGCGCCUCUGAAAUUGGGGAAUUAUCUGGGGGAUUUGACCGAUGAGCUGGACGGUGACACCAUUCAAGAAUUUGCAGCCGCUGGUCCCAAAAGUUACGCCUACCAGACGAGACAAAAGAAAAAGGUAGUAUUGCGUGUCAAGGGUAUCACUCAGACUAGAGAAUGCUGUGAGCAGGUCAACUUUGACAGCGUCAGAGAGCUGGUGGAGGGUUACCUUGAAGGCUCUCGAGGGGGCGCUAUUGAGACCCCUCAGCAUAACAUCAGACGUAAUAAAAAGAGCUUUCUCUUGAAAAAUUGCACAUUUCAAAAAAAGUUUAGAGUGGUGUAUGACAAGAGACGUCUCUUUAGCGACGGCACAACUCUGCCUUUUGGCUACUGAAAUAGGAGGAGAGAAACAAACAAUCAGACAAACCAAAAAAUAAAUAAAAAUAAAAAUGUCACACCUUACUAACGUGGAGCAAGUUCAUUUUGAUCCCAGACUCGCAGCACCCUUUUCAUGUAUGAUUGUGGGUCCCAGCGGGUGUGGGAAAACAUAUUUUGUAAAAAGUGUUAUCGAAAAUUGUGAACAUGUAAUAAAUGGUGUACCUGACAAUAUUGUAUGGAUUUAUACUUCUUUUCAACCCAUGUAUGCUGAACUGCAAAAAAUGAAUAAAAAGAUUAAGUUUGUUGAAGGACUGCCUGAUUCUUUUGAUGACGCAGAGCUGUUUCCUCCUGAUCAGAACCAUUUGAUUAUUCUGGAUGAUGUUAUUUUUCAAGCCUCCGACCAUCCUGAAGUGGUCAAAAUUUUUACUCAGUACAGACAUCAUAGAAAUAUGAGUGUGUUUAUGUUGACGCAAAAUGUAUUUCACAGAGGUAAACACAGCCGUACCAUGAGUUUGAACAGUAAUUAUCUGGUGUUGUUUAAAAACCCUCGGGACAAAUUACAGAUGAAUAUAUUGGCGCAUCAAAUCUUCCCCUCACAAAAAGCCUUCUUUUUAGAGAGUUUUGAAGACGCCACCAAAGACCCCCGCGGGUAUUUAUUGGUCGAUCUCACACCUUCCUGUCCAGAACCGUACAGGCUGAGGACGGGUAUACUGCCUCCACAGUGGCCGGUUGUAUAUGUUCCCAGAACAAAGUAAG